UUCCUUCCGUAGUUCUGGUUUUCGUGGGCAAAUUUAAACAUUCUGGUGCGGAAGUGGCUUGCGUCGCUCCAAAGCCAACACCCAUUCCGCACCGAAAGCUAAGCCUUCGACACUUAUGGCAGGGCAGGAGGGGCAAGAAGGCCAGGCGAUCCUAGCCGCCGCUCAGGCGCAUUUUGAGAAGGGCGAGUACGCGGAGGCCGAGGCGUUGUACUCGGCCUACAUUCUCCAGUGCGCCUGUGCGGCCUCCGUCGGCGGCGCGGCGCCCGGGAGCAAAUGCAGCCCUGAGGGUUUGGCCACUGCUUAUAACAACAGGGGGCAAAUCAAGUACUUUCGGGUUGACUUUUAUGAAGCGAUGGAUGAUUACACGUCCGCUAUAGAAGUCCGGCCCGGCUUUGAAGUCCCGUACUACAACCGGGGGCUGAUCCUGUACAGACUGGGAUAUUUUGAUGAAGCUUUGGAAGAUUUCAAGAAAGUAUUAGACUUAAAUCCUGGAUUUCAAGAUGCUACUUUGAGUUUAAAACAGACUAUUCUAGACAAAGAAGAAAAACAAAGAAGAAAUAUUGAAAAUAAUUUUUGAACUUUUAAAUUUAAUUGAAAUACUAAUUUAUGAUCCUUACACCUGCAUCUGGUUGGCUGUAAUUUAAGAAACAUAGUGAGCACUUUUGAUUUUUAUGUAAGAUAAGAGAUUCAUGCAUUAGCAAUGAAAGUUAAACAGUGCAAUUUAAAAUUUGUGAAUUUCAGAUGGAAAACUUUUCACAGGGUUGAUGUUUUAUAAAGUGUAAAUAAAUCUUAAUGUAUAAAUUUGUAUUAUAGUACAGUAUUUUAAAUAAAUGUGAUAUUUUCUUCAGUGACA